AUGUACAUCAUCCUAACAACAACCCUCCUAACCCUCCUAACCACCACCCUGGCCCUCCCAACCCAACCCCCCUGCACAAUCCCCCACCUCUCCAUCUCAUUCGACGAUGCCUUCCUAAACAACACCCACGCCCUCCCACUCUUCCCAUCCUGUUCCGCGCUCGCGGCCCUUAUACCCUCCCUCAACGCCCUACAGGACAUCCCCCCAGCCCGCGCCUUCACCGUCGACUUCGGAGUCCUCCGCGACGCCAAUCUACGACCGCUCCCGGACACGAACCCGACGAUCAAGGCGCUUACCAAGAAGUUUGGCACGAUUGAGGUUUUUAGGCUGGCGAUUGCUGUGGAAGUGCAGUUUGUGGGACGGGGAGAUGUGAAGUUGGAAGCGGAAUUUGAGUUGACGAAGGGAGUUGCGGGGGUGGCUACUUCUGAGCCGUUUCGGGGCGAUGGGGGGAAUGUUGGGGUUAGAGGGUGA